UUUCAACGUAGCGACAGUUUGUUAAGGUAAUUAGUCAACCGCGCAUUUUCCCGUCAAGCACAUCAAAAUGAAUGUGUGGUUAGUUUUUCUGCCAGUUCUAUAUUCGAUUUCCAUUAUUACUGGAAACGUUUUAGUUUCUGAAAAAGGAGCUUCUCUUACAAAUAGCAUUGCUACCCGCGAAGCCCUAUUUCUCUUGUCAAAAUACUACGCUAGCAUUCACAAGCCGUAUAAUGUAAAGAAAUAUGUGCCAUAUAAGCCAUCAAACAACUCAAAUACAGUGCAAAUUCCGCCAACAUUAUUAUUACCGGCAGUGCCAGAGCCGACAACUCCAUUUCCCGCAAAUAACGUCGAUUGGGACAAUACUAACGCAGAAAAUUAUAUUGAAGAAACUAGCGAUAUAUCCAUUUAUUCGACAACUGAAACAUCCACGAGCACCACAGAAAUCCCCGAGAUAUCCACGUCAUUGCUAUCCAUAAUUGGAACCACACCAGGCUUUGAAACAACCACCUCAUAUUACUAUGAUACCUUAGUCCCGAGCACGGAAGAGGACUAUUCAAAUAGUUCUACAACCGAUGGAAACCUAACAUACGAGGUUGCCAUAACACCAACUUCCUUGGCACCUGAGCCUGAAACAACAACCGAGACCAGCUCAACAUCAUUUAUAGAUACUAGCACGGAAAACACCUUUACUAUAGAAUCAACAUCAGCCCAGCCAGCAUCAACAAUGGAAGUGGAAAAUAUGAAAAGUCAAUUGAAUGGACUUACCUCAGAUUCACCGACAAAUGUUGAAAUCACCACAAAUAUAAACUUUGUGCUGCCAGCAACAUUGUCUCAGCCAGAUUUGAAUUCAACAACCGAAGUUCCCAUUUCCACAACUCAAGAGCCACAAACAACAACGUCAGUUGAACAAGAAACUACCACAGACAAGGAUGGUACCACAACCCAAUUUCCUACAUCCACGACUGAAUCAGCGACCCAAACUUCAACCGAAUUGCCAGAUACAAGCACGUCUCUACCAUUCUUUACAACGGAGCCAGCAUUAACUACAUCAUCUCAGACCGAUUUGCCAGAUACCACCACACAAUUAGCUUUAACAGCUGAAUCACCACUGGCUGCAUCUUCCCUUAUCGAAACAACAACCGAUGUACAAGAUACAACCACGAAUCUAGCCGUUACAUCCACAAUGGAAACAGCAUCAUCAGAAAGUACGACAACUGAAAUACCAUUUAUCCCUACCAAGAGUUUUACAAUUGAAACUACUACCGAAACGGUUGUUAUCGAGGAAACAACGACUGUAGAGACAACGACUACUGCUAUAAAAAAUGCUGUACUUGUGGAAGAAAUAAUUCAACCUAAGCCCAGAAAGUUCACUUAUUCUUCAGAUGUAAUGCCCGAGACAGAUUGGUAGUAAAAAUAAAAAAUUCAUGUGUA